AUGACCAACAGGCAGGGUAAUGACAUCAUGACAAACAGGCAGGGUAAUGACAUCAUGACCAACAGGCAGGGUAAUGACAUCAUGACCAACAGGCAGGGUAAUGACAGCAUGACCAACAGGCAGGGUAAUGACAUCAUGACAAACAGGCAGGGUAAUGACAUCAUGACAAACAGGCAGGGUAAUGACAUCAUGACAAACAGGCAGGGUAAUGACAUCAUGACCAACAGGCAGGGUAAUGACAUCAUGACCAACAGGCAGGGUAAUGACAUCAUGACCAACAGGCAGGGUAAUGACAUCAUGACCAACAGGCAGGGUAAUGACAUCAUGACCAACAGGCAGGGUAAUGACAUCAUGACCAACAGGUAG